AUGAGCGGCUUCACUCUUCUCGCCCUUGCGGCGGCUGCAUCGGCAGCUGUGCUUGAGUUCCCGCUUCACAUUCAGAAUACCUAUUCCUCGAUAGAACUUGAGAUCGGCUCCCCAGCCAAGCCGUACCGAUUAUUGUUUGAUACUGGAUCAGCAACGGCAUGGAUGGUGAACAGCGACUGCACGGACACCUCGUGCCCCAACCUCAGCGCGUACAGCCGCGUCGGCUAUAACGCCACAGCCUCCUCCACAUCAGUCGAUUUGGACUCGUACACCCGCAUUCCGUAUAUCGACGGCGAUGUCGUCAACGGAUUUGCAAUCCAGGAUGUGUUUGAAGACGAGAAGGGUACUGUGCAAUGGAACCAGACUUUCCUCUCCGUGAACGAGAGUAGCUGGCGCUGGAUCACAGCUGACGGCUUCCUCGGCCUCGCCUUUUCGUCAAUCGCUGAGAGCAAGACCUCGACUUUGGUCGAGACAUUGCUUUGGGACGACCAACUCGACGCGUCCCGCUUCGCUUUGUUCUACGGCACAAAUCUGCUCGAUACAGGCGACCAGGAUGGUGUCCUUACCAUCGGCGGAAGCCACGAGGAUACCUAUGUCGACGGCGAAGUAGUCUACAUGCCUCUGCGCGCUGAGGACCCUUAUCAGCUCUGGCGAGCACCACUUCGCUCCGUCAACGUCCUCGCAACGGGCACCAACACUACCGUGGCUGUGAACAACGGUCAAAUGCCCACCACCGGUGAUGCAGCAGGCACAUUUCCCAAAUACAACACCACGUGGCCAGUCUACGGCACGGCUGUCUUUGACACAGGCGCUGGCCGUAUCUCAGUCCCAACGGAGAUCAUUGCCCCGAUUUACUUCAACCUUGGCUGGAAUGUCACAAAGCUUCUGAAUGGCGAGGAGCGCAUGCAAUGCCAGCAUCUAAACGCUACCUGGGGACUAUCGUUUACAUUUGGUGAGGGCGCAGAGGCGGACGACGUGACCUUCACAAUUAGGGGCGAUGAAUUCACCUACCCCAACGACCAAUGCAUGCCGCCUAUCGACGACAGCGGCAGCUAUGGCUUUGCUCUCAUCGGUGCUACCUUCUUGAGACGCCAUUACUCGGUUUUCGACUUUGGCGCGACGAGAGUCGAGGACUACCAGCCCAAGAUUGGAUUCGGAAGAUUGAAGGAGGAGUAUGACUACUUGACCAAGACAGCCUAG